CAUUCCAGCGAGAAAAUGUCGUAUCGUUUUCACACUAUAUUUGCUCGCUGCAAAUAACGUUUUGUAUGAUCUGAUCAAUCAUUAACCGCGCUACGGUGACUUUGCGCAGAUAAUACAACGGGCAGUGAGUUAGGAAGAUAAUUCUAUCAGGAGCACCGCUUUUUGUUAACUAGUCACCGAUAUUUAAACAAAAAUCUUGCCGAAGACGGUCAGGGUAUUUCUGCUGGUUGCGACCGCAAGAGGUUUUAGGUAAAAUGGACGUGGACAAAUUGAUCAUCCCGGCUACUUUAGCAACUUUGCUAAAAAAAGUGCCAGAUCUACCCGCUGUCCAUUCGCCCAUGAAUAAUGUGCAACAGACUACGCAGAACAUAUCUGGCUGGCCAGUAACUCGUUAUCUGCCCCAUGAUAUAGACGACUAUCCUUUUUCUAAGUUUGUGAGGCAGAUUUUUCAGGGUGGGACAUGGGGAUACACGUCAAACCCAAUUGCCGGCAGUGUGCUCGGAAAAGGUUCGGACCCUGAUUGUGUGAUAUUAAACAGAUUGAUUCUCCGUUACAUGCUGGAUGACAAUUUAAAAGGAAAAUCUUUAAAGUUUUUUGCAGACUACAUCAUAUGUAAUGCACAAAGAAACCCAGUAUUAUCAGAUGAAUUAAUUUGCCAAGUAGUCUCACAAACAUGGUGUAAUACUUCGGACAAUCACCAUGACAGAGUAUGGAGAUUGUUGUCUCAUUUACUCUCAGGCAUCUUACCAUCUUCACAACUAUUCCCAUAUCUACUCAAGUAUGUCUCGGACCAGUCAAAUGAUUAUUACAAAGGACAUUUUCAAACAAAACUUCUUCAAUCCCCCGUUCACACGGAAGUAACUUUGAUGCGAUCUUUCCCACCAUCAGUGUUGGAGUGGGAGGCAAAUAAUAACUGCUAUAAGAUGGCAUUAGAAGUUUGCUGCUCUGAUGACACUUCAGUUUUUAUUGGAUAUAUCUUGCCCAUUAUUAUUGGAGUUGAUUCUUGGAGCACAGCAGGGGAUCUCGCUCACAGGACUUUGAGUACAAAAGGUUUACCUGCCAUGAAAGGAUGGACAUUGGCAAUUCAAUACAAUGAUGGUUUUAUACAUGAAGAAAGUGGUGAUGAUUAUGUCAUGGACCUUGUCUCUAACAUUGAGUUAAACCCGGAGAUUCAUCAGCAGAUUGUGGCAAAGAACCAAACCAUUCUCAGCUAUGGCCAGUAUACAUUAAAUGAGGAGGAGUUAAAUGGCAGUUAUGAAGAAGAGGAAGAAGAUGAAGUUGAGAGUAUUGGAUCCCCUCCUCCAAGUAGCAGGAGCUACCGAAGUGAUUCAGUUUUUCACGACAGAAGUUUUCAUGAACCCACCCCACCAGCUACAAACAGCAAUUUCUCGUUUGGUCCGCCAAACUUAAAAUUUGUCCAAACUCAUCGAGACUCCUCAAUCCACCGACCUUCCAUGGAUCAAUCUGCUUCUAAUAUAAACAAGAGGUUAAAAGGAGGUGGAUCUAUGAUGAGAGGUAAAAUAUCAUGGAAAAUGUAG